AUGUUGACGAUUAAGAAGGUUCCGACAGUGGUCUCUCUGAACCAGGAGGAGGACCAGCCCGCGGGUUGCGGUCGCCGCUGUCUGAGUACCUGCUGCACUAUUGGUGCCCGCAUGCCUCUGUACGCUUACGCGAAGCGUCCCUGCACCAAGCCGGAGCGCAUUCAGUCCUUUACGGAGCUGGACGGAGUUCCAGGCUUUCAGCCCGGGUUUCUCGGGAACACCACGAGCUUCGCGUCGUACGACGACCUGCUGUCGAUCCGCGAGUCGCUGUCGUCGUCCGACGAGGACUCGCUGUCGUCAGGCGGCGCGAGCGACAUCCACGACGACGACGCCUUCUCGCUGCGCAAGCACAUCACCUCCGAGUGGGAGAAGAAGUUUCAGGAGGGGCUGUUCCGCUAUGACGUGACAGCUUGCGAGUCAAAGGUGAUCGAAGGUCGCCUGGGCUUCAUUGCGCAGCUGAACGAGGGGAGGCACUCCAAGAAGCGUCCCACAGAGUUCCGCGUGGACAAGGUGCUGCAGGCAUUUGACGCUGGCAAGUUCAAUUUCACCAAGGUCGGGCAGAACGAGAUGCUCUUCCGCUUUGAGGAAGGCAAGGACGAGGAGAGCCGCUUCUAUGAGGCAGCUGUUGUGGAGGAGAGCCCCAGCCUCAUGGUCAUCAAUGUUUCUCCCAUUGACUAUGGCCACGUGCUGCUGGUUCCGCGUGUGCUCGACAAGAUCUCGCAGCGCAUGGACGAAUCCAGCCUCCUCAUGGCUCUCCGCCUUGCCUCGGAAGUCAACGACCCUGCCUUCAGGAUUGGGUACAACAGCCUCGGCGCCUUUGCAACAAUCAACCACCUGCACUUCCAGGCCUACUUUCUCGACCUACCCUUUGCUAUCGAGCGCGCAUCUUUGAAGGAGAUCGCGGCUUCGACGAAUGAGGUUAAGGUUGGGGAGCUUGUGGACUAUCCUGUGAAAACGCUGGUGUUCCAGGCGGGUGCGUGCCUCGAGCAGAUGGCAUCGGCUGCUGCAGCUGCAUGCUGCAAGCUCCAGGAAGGGAAUAUUCCCUUCAACUUGUUUAUUGUGGACAGGGGCACUCGGCUGUUCCUCAUUCCACAGAGGUAUGCUGAGAGGCAGGCAAGGGGUGAGAUUAGCCAAGAGCUUCUUGACACGCAAGUGAACCCUGCAGUGUUUGAAAUUUCUGGUCAUAUUGUGUGCAAGCGCCGGGAGGAUUACGACAAUGCCUCUGAGGAAUGGACCUGGAAGCUUCUGGAAGCAACGUCCCUCACUGAGGAGGGGUUUGAAGUCGUCAGGAAGAUUUCUGUGGAAGCGCUGGCAGCGACUGCUGCUGAGUUUGCUGAGAUUGGGAUGGGUGGUGUGGUUGGGAAGGGAAAGGUGGACGACUGGGGAGUGAGCGUGAAGUCGGACCACUCUCCGCUGACUGACGCUGACUCGAAGGCCAACGCGUUAAUAUGCAGCGAGCUAGCGCGGAUCACGCCGCAUGUGCCGAUCGUCAGUGAAGAGACGAAGCUGGUGCCGUACUCCGUGAGGAAGGAGUACCAGCUGUGGUGGUGUGUGGAUCCGUUAGACGGCACGAAGGAGUUUAUCAAACGGAAUGGACAGUUCACAGUGAACAUUGCUCUGGUGAAAGGCGAUCGUCCCAUUCUAGGGGUGGUCCACACGCCCUGCCUUAAGAAGACGCACUGGGCCGUUGCUGGUAAAGGAGCUUUCCUGCGGGACCAUUCUAGCCAAUCAGAUUCAUCGUCUCUGCCCGAGGAUAAGCCGAUCCGGGCAGCUGAAUAUACAGAUGCCGACCCGGGGCUGGUGAUCAUGGGGUCGCUGUCUCACAGCACACCCGAGACAGAGAAAUUUAUUGGGCAGUUUAAGGACCCGAAAGUGGAGGCUAUGGGCAGCUCGUUGAAAUUUAUGAGGGUUGCAGAGGGGUACCACUCUCCCUUCUCCUCCCCACAUCUUCUCAAUUGA